GCGGGGACGCGAGUUCCGAGUAGCUGCCCGACCCCAGGGAUCACGGUCGGAACCUGUGCGGUUCCGGUCGGUAGUGUACCGGGUCGGCGGGGCAGCCCCGGGUCGUGUGGAAACACCCCUAGCGGACGUGCGUGUGGUUCCCGCCGCAGCUUUCCGCGGUUUUACAGUGAUUAAUGCGUUUCAUGGGAGAUUAAUGCGUUUCAUGGGUGGUUCACCUAACCGGCUGUGGCUGUCUAACCAGGGACCCUGAGUGUUCUGAAUGAAGCAUACGUUUCCCAGGGUGCAUUGUUCUGAGAAGUCCCCAGGAUGGGCCAGGAAAUCUCCAGCCAGACGCAGUCAGUCAUCAACAGGCUUCCGGAAAAAGUGGCACGGCAUGUGGGUCUGGUGCGAGAAAGCGGCUACCUCAGCUACGAGGAAUUCCUGGGCAGAGUCGCUGAACUUAACGAAGUCACUGCCAAGCUGGCUGCUGGACAGCAGAAGCAUCUGCUUUUCGAGGUUCAGCCUGGGUCUGACGCCUCAGCCCUGUGGAAGAUGUCUGUGAGGAUAGUCUGCACCAAGAUCAACAAAGAGAACGGAUUGGUGGAGGCGUCACGCAUCAUGAACCUGUACCAGUUUAUCCAGCUGUAUAAGGACAUUACAGGUCAGGCGGCGGCUGUGAGGAACACACAGGGUGACGCUGAGACCAGGUCCGGAGAGGCCGCCUCUGCGGACGCCUGCCAGGCCAGCAUGUGGAUGGGCAGAGUGCAGGAGCUGACGGAAGAGGAGGAGUGCUGUAUCUGCAUGGAGGGAAGGGCCGACCUCACACUGCCUUGUGCGCACAGCUUCUGCCAGAAGUGCAUUGACAAGUGGAGCGACCGCAGCCGGCACUGUCCAAUCUGUCGCCUGCAGGUGGCCGGCGUUGGCGAAUCCUGGGUCAUGUCCGAUGCUCCGACAGAGGAGGACAUAGCCAAUCACAUCCUGCACUUGGCUGAUGAGGCGGGUCAACCGCUCAGGCCGUAAUGCCAACCAUGUUGCCACAGAAACUCGGAAAUGACCUUUCGUUAAGGUUGUAGAUAUAUAAUUUAGUGUGAUCUACUGGAUUAACAUGUCGAUUCUCUGCUGUAGUGGUUCACAAGAAAUCGCGAUAUAUUUAUGUAGUUGCAGACUGAUGUUCUGUGAUGUGAAUUCUGGAUUUUGUAGUUACUGGACCAAAAAUGAAACUGAUCUUUAUAUUCCUUUGUGUUUCAUAUUCCAUGAGGCGUUAACAUUUUUAAAGCACUGCAGUUUUGAUAAGAUAGGGGAGCAAUUGGGAACAGCAGUGUUUGCUAAGAGAUUAGCGUGUAAUUAGACCAUGGCCUUCAUUCUGUGAUUAAUCUGUCUUUAAUAGCCCUCUGGCUAGGGGGACUCCUAUUGUACUGUGCGCGCAGGAAAUAAGCUGUCUGCUGAUGGUGUAAAGAUGGGAUCUGCAGUUUGUGGGAUUAAACUGGCUUUCGUGGCCUUUCUGUAUAGAGAUUACAGGCUGCAUUUAGAUGGCAAGCAGCAGAAUUUUAUUAUUAUUUUUUAAUAGUGUGCUGCUUUUUAUUAUACGUAUUCUAACCAUAA